CGCGCAACACCAGUCAUAAAGUAAUGCAAGUUACACCCCACGCGUGUACAUAUAACGUGCUUUAUAAUCACUGUUUACACAGGUCCAUUAUUACUUAUAGGUGCGCUUUAUUACAUUUUAAUCAAAAAUAAUGUUUUGAAAAGCUGCACAGAACUGACAAAUAAAUAUUUCACACCGAGAAAUAACAAAACACAUCUAAAUACAUGUAACUGUGCGUGAUGUAACUGUCAUGUAUCAGAGAAGCGUGUCUUGUAUUAGUCUUCUGAUGUGUGUCGCGUCGUGUCACGGCUCCUGAGAGGAUCUGAACAAUUCAUAUUCAAUUCAUAUUCUACUCACGAGUCCCGACCCAUGAACACAAACCGCAAUGACGCUUUCAGUCGCAUUAUUUCGCUGAUGGACAGUCAAGUGAGGAGCGUGACAUUAUUCCAAAGAUCUCACGCUUGAGCUCAUGUUUUGGGUAAACAAUAACAAGGAUGUAAGCAAACCGUUGAGAAAGAUCUGUCGGUUGGUCGUUAUGUCAUUCUUAAACAAAUAUAGAUUCUGAUGCAUUAACAGCAGGCGAGCUGCGCUUGGCUGCACUCUGCCAUCUAGCGUCACUGCCGUCCAGUGUGUCCUCGGCGGGUGUGGACCAGGGGCAGGGCUCUGUUCGGGUCCCGGUCAAAACAUGCACCGGUGUCUAUGAAGCACUGGCGUACGGGCAGCAGGGGUAAGAGGUGACGUACGACACAAACUUGUUCCAGCGCCUUCAGCGCCUUAAAGAUCUCUCAGAAUCUGGAGAGCUCUGCUAGCCUCGAACUCUGCUGCUGUUGCGUCUUCUGAUUGGGGCGUGCGCUCUGUGACGAAGGACCGCCCAGCUGCUCAGAGGCCCCGCCCUCUCCCGAACCAGCCAAAACAACGCGCAUAGCCUGAACUCACUCACUCACACUGAGCCUCGAUCCUGCCACUGUUCACCGACACAGCCCUGAGCACGAGACAUGAGCGAGAGCUUGAUGGAAGAUAUUGAUUAAUAUAGCCUACACAGAAAGUCCAUUUAAAGCUUUCCAUUAUUCAUGGGCAGGAUUCUUUUAUUCAUUUUGAUGUAUUGGCUAUUUCAUGUUGUUUUGUUUCUUUACAUCUAUAAGUGCAUGUCAGAAUGCAGUCUGUUAUGAACAUAUCCAGAUUUGUUUUCUAACUUAAAAGCAGAGUGUGUUUUUAUUUCUAAGGAUUAAAAGAUCACGCCUCCCUUAACGACAUGCAAAAAUAAAAUAAAAAUACACAUCAGCGUGUUUCAUUAAAACUAAGUUUGUCGUGUACACUGGAAUGAGGUCAGACCCAAAGCUCCUCAUUGCACGCGCUGAUGAUUAUUAGAUUCCUUUUUGCGCCAAUGAAAAGAGAGUGGGCGUGUUUUUGGCUCGGGGAAGGGUAGAGACAGCAGCUCAUUGGCCGGCCGCCGUCGCUAUUAUACCAUUGGAAACGGAUAAAACUGCAUGAAGCAGAAUAGAAGUCUGUUGAAACUUACAGACUGUUUUCAAGAGACGAACACUUGUGCUAGCAUCACAUCCCGGUUUUCCCGCAUGGUUUGAACUGGGAAGGAUAUGCAGAAGGAGUCAGAUAUCUUCCGAAACUCGAACAGAAUACACACUAACACUGAGCCCUCGCACCACUGCGCUCAUAUACAAACUUUCAACUGCUCUUCGACUGUUACAGCAUUAUUACUGGAUGCACGGACACUGUGGACAUCGGACACUGUAUCAGCUCCGUGAACGGUGUGAUGAAGCCACGCCACGGCACUAAGCACGACUGAAGCGUGUGGUGCACCAGCUCUCCUCAGGACUACUAUCAGACUGAGUUUUCUUUAGCGACACGGUGGACUUGAGAGCGCACAGAGGCUCUCUCUCACACACACACACACACACACACACACACACAGACUGGUGUAGCAAUGGUCCAGAAAACAAGCAGCACGGUGUUUGCUGGGGACUCGUCCGAUUCCGGCGCGCUGGAUCUGGACAUGGCUUCUUCCCCGACCCCCGGCUCCACGGCAUCCGGGGGUGACAAGCUUGACCCCGGCUGGUGCAAAACCCCCAGCGGUCACAUCAAGAGACCGAUGAACGCGUUCAUGGUGUGGUCGCAAAUCGAGAGGCGCAAGAUCAUGGAGCAGUCACCGGACAUGCACAACGCGGAGAUCUCCAAGAGACUCGGCAAGCGCUGGAAGCUCCUCAAAGACAGCGACAAGAUCCCGUUCAUCCGAGAGGCGGAGCGCCUGCGGCUCAAGCACAUGGCAGACUACCCCGACUACAAGUACCGGCCGAGAAAAAAGGUGAAGUCGAGCGGCUCCAAACCGAGCGAGAAGGGAGAGAAGCUCAGCUGCGCCAGUACCGGCUCGAAACCUGCCUCGAAGAAGAGCGGGAGCUCCAGGUCCACGAGCAAGCCGCACAGAAUAGUGUUGGGCAGUGCCAAGGCAGCGUUCGCCGAACAGGGACCGGCAGAUCACCACUCUCUCUACAAAUCCAAGUCCGCGUCGGCUUCCAAGCAGAUUCCCGACAAGAAGGCGAAGCGGGUGUACGUUUACGGAGGCAGCAGCAGCAUAAGCCCGUCUUCAGCAGCCGUGCCCGGCAGCCCGACCCUGAGCAGCUCCGUCGAGUCCAGCGACCCGCUGAGUCUGUACGAGGACGGCGCGAGCAGCGGGAAGGAGGGCGCAGAUUCCCCCAGCAGCGCGUCCUCGGACCGCCACCGGUACACCACCACGCGGGCGUCUUCUCCCACCCCGUCCGCGUCACACUCCUCCUCCUCAUCGCAGUUCUCCUCUUCCUCCGACGAGGAGCUCGACGACGACAUGCUGGACGUUAACCCGAGCCCGGGCUUUGACAGCAUGUCCAUGGGAAGCAUCGGCUCGUCGGUGCUGGACAGAGACUUCGACAUGCACUUCGAGUCCGGGGCUUCUCAUUUCGAGUUCCCCGACUACUGCACGCCGGAGGUGAGCGAGAUGAUUUCUGGGGACUGGCUGGAGUCCACCAUUUCUAACUUGGUGUUCACGGCUCACGUGCUGAACUAGGGGAAGUGGAGGAAACACGCCUGAGGAGGAACACUGAGCAGAAGGGAUCACAGACAAGUGUGUUUGUUUGUAAAAUAAGCCACCGCGUGAAGGCUCUCGCCCGGCGACGCGCUGAAAAACAACGCUUCGAUGCUUCGGUGAAAUGCUGACAGGACGGAAAAGUGACGGCGCCCGUGAAACAUUUAGUCGCGAGAGGGCCGUGCUCGGCGCGAGACUAGAGGAAGACGUUCACGAGGACUGCUUGAGAAAACUGGAAAACUGUGAUUGAUUUGCACGUACACGAAGGCGGGCUUUGAUCGCCUGUUUAAUCAUUUUUACUUCGAAAGAGACCUUUAUGAACUCUAACCAUUCGCCUUGUGGACUUGAUUGUUUAAAGAGGUACUGAUAUUUAGGCUGAUUUUCAGCGCGGUGGAUUUAUUAACAAGGUGGGUUGACAAAAGUCAAGCCGUUUUUUAUACAAAGAAAAAGAAAAAAAGAGGAACGCAUGUUAUCUGUCGUCUCUUGUGUAGAGCUUUCUGUCGAACGGUUAAACUAGCGUUAGGAUGAGUUACAUGGAUAGAUGGCGCUAUGUUUGAUUUACUUCUCGCAGGAAUAAAGAUCACCAGCUGUUUUCAUUCUUAUCUUCAGGAUUCAAACACAAACUCAAACCUGUGCUGAACUUUAUAUACUACUCUCUACAAUUCAGGACCAAACGCCUAAGUUCCCGAAGCUGUUUAAAAACUGUUAAUUUGGUCAUGGCUGUUCUUUUCUGUUCUUCAGAUGCCAUGUUUAUGUGGAUGUAUUUAUAUUGAAACAGUUCGUCUUAUUUUUGUGUUCUUGUGAGAACCCGCAUCUGUCUCCUUCUCCGAAGAAGGGCUAGAGUUUCACCUUUGUUUUUAUAUUUAAAUGUAGACUUUUGACACUUACAGAGAGGAAACGUUUGAUUAUUUUCUCAGUGUAUUUUUGUACAAAUAUAUAAAGGGGGGUGUCGAUCGGUGUUUUGGAUUUUCUAAUUUGAAGAGCCAGGUGGGUCUGAACCGACCUCCUGUGUCAUGUUUACAGUCUCAAUCUGCAGGCGUCUCACACACACACACACACACACACACACACACGAGAACAAGACACAACACAGUUCAAGCCAACAUGUGCUUCGUUUUUACAUUUUGUCUGAUCGUGCCGAAUUAAACCGAUUGUAGCUUUAAACGAGCGAUUUUCUUGACGUUUUAUAUCUUGAGAAACCACUGGAUGGAAAAUCGUGACACAUUUGAGUUUCGCGACGAUUAUGAACUGCGUUCCUCAUUGUAUUUGAAUAUUUAAUCUUUUCUACUUGAUUGUUUUAGUAUCUUAAGGCAUGGUGAAUAGAUUUGUAUUUCCGAUUCAGGUUUAUAUCUGUUGUGUACAAAAAAAUAAUACAAAAAAAAAAAAAUCAUCUUUGUACAGCUGUAUCAUAGGCUCAAAUAUUGUGUGUUUAUGUAGGCUGUGUUGUUGCGUUUUAUCUCGACAGGCACUAUCUUUAUACAUCCUUACUUAGCCUUUUCUUAAUUUCAAGAUGCUUGUUAAGGAUUUUUAUAUACAGUUGAAAUAUAUUAACUUUAUUUUCUUCCAUUCUGUGCAAUAUGCUGUGUAGAAAUCUUGUUUUGUCUAAUCAUGCCAACACAUGCCAGCUUAUCGUGUCAAGUCCCUGCCUGUCAGAUUGUUAUAUGCUCCUGUACAGAACUUUUUCAUAAAGGAAAUAAACUCAGCUGGAACUGAACCCUAAACACU